UUUCAGUUUCUUAUAAAAGAUGAAGUCAACAUCACUUUAGAUAGUAGUAUUAUAUUAUACGUGCGAGUCAUGACUAAACUAAUUACCAACCGACGUGCAGCCCAUCCUACUCCGUAUUUAAAACCAAUCUGCUUUAGCCUUUUGCCCAUAUUGUCUUUUUCCAAAUAAGGCUAAAGACAAUUCAAAAAAAUAAGAUGGCGACGCAACUUCUGACCUUCAGAGAUGAUAGUAGCUUCAGGGACGAUAGUAGUCAAGAGGAUUGGCAUGACUUUGAGGUUCUUGGUCGUGGAGACGAGCCCAAGAUUCUUAUCAAGAAGGCGAGUAUAUUGUCUGAUUCCGAGAGGCGGAUCUCCGUUGACCCGAAGUCACUUUUGUCGAGGAACGAGAGCUUCAACAUGAUAACCUCACGCCCGAGAGAUCAUCAAAUGACGAAGCCUACCAAGUUUAUAAGCUGCAGCCUCCCGAACUCAGCAUCCACGUCUCCUAGACACAGCUGGAAGAACAGAACCACGGAGCAAGUUCUUGACCUAAUGCUCGUUCAAAACGCUGCCGUUUCGUUUGGAAGAAGCAAAUCUUGCGGUGAAGGACGUGCAUGCACGCCAUCCCUAGAUUUCGACAUGUUAUUACGAAAAUCAAGAACUGGACCUAAUCAUCAGCAACAUGAUCAUCAUGAUGAUAAUGAUAAUGUCUUAUCAUCCUCUAACACCAAGAGUCUCUCUAACAAGAGUAGCGGAAACAACUCUUUCUUCUCAAAGACAGAGUCUAACAAAAGCAAUACCAACACGGCGAACUCUAAAAGCAUCAACACCUUCGAAGACGGGUUCAAAUGCAGCGCGUUGUGUCUAUACCUACCCGGUUUUGGCAAAGGCAAACCGGUCAGAUCAUCAUCAUCAUCAUCAUCUCGAAAAGGCGACUCAUCAAUCACUAGAACCACGACAAUGACUUCUACUCAAUCAAUGGCGAGAACUGCUUCCGUUAGAGACACAACUGUGCUCUCAGCUCGAGCCUCGUUAGAGAAGUUUGACUGCGGCUCGUGGACUUCUUCAGCUAUGAUCCACGAGGAAAAUGUUGAUCUCGGUGGUCAUUUCUUCGACUUGCCUUCUGAGUUAAUCAAAGGCGGUCCUGGUGGGAAUGAUCAAGAUGAUCCUGUUUCAGCGGCUUUCGUGUUCAACAAGGAACCUAGUUUGGAGAAAGAGAUAAAAGGGGUUUUGAAGACUUCUGGUUCGAAGUCGAGACGGUCUAUGGAGUCGCAACUUCAUGUUCGGUUCUCAACUUCGUCGCCGGUUUCUUAUCCGACGUCUCCGAAUCAUUCUUCGAUCACGCCACGGUUGAUACAAGCCACCGAGGAUUUUAGUAGUUUCUUGGAAGCACAAACCGUGUGAAUAAUAUAAGAUGUGACUGAUUAACUACUAUUUUUUUUUUUCAUUUUGAUUUUCUUUUUAUUGAUUAAUC